AUGACAAUCUCUAGUAUACCAAGCACGCAGUGCCGGCCGAGUGUGCGAGGCCUUUGGAGCACACACAAGUCCACUUUCACUACUAGCCAUCAUCAUGCGUCCUCUUCCACAUCAACCCCAUCAGACCGUACACUAUCCCCUAUCUCCGACGACCAGAGCAGCAAACCGCGAUUCCGAUUCCGUCUGACUCGUAGUGGCUCAAAAUUGCUUUCGUUGCUGGGCCUUGGGGCCUCUUCCAAUGAUAACAGGACAAAGACCGAGCCCGAGUCAUCAGAAGAAGCUGAAAGUCACCAGAACGCCCGAGAUGGACCAUUCGCACCAGAUUCGGCGUUAAUGGGCUGCAAUUUUCAAACAGCUAAUUGCUCCCCUGAAACAGAGCAGCUGAUGGCCAGUACCUCUUUGACAGGCCAGGACCUUCCCUCACGAGAAUUUCACCACGGGCGAGACAAUGAUCGCGAGGCUUUUACACCGUCUCAUUCUCAUUCAACGAACAUAAAACCACACUCCCCAGACGCGAAAAAAGACAAGGGAAAAAUUGUGCCGGAGCUUGAUUCUCAGUCGAAGCCGAGUGUGAUAGAUCGUGUUUCACCGAAACUCUCCUGGCCAUUCGGAUACACAACCGUUGUACAUCGUCAGAAAUUUCGCGAGAGACCAAACAUCAUCAUUCCAAACAAACUCAUUACUUCAGUGAUUCGCGCCGAUGGUGAUGGUGCCAGUGACACCAGUUCUGGCCCUUCAAUAACUCCGAGCAGUGGCGGCUUUCAAACUCUAUACUCUGCACCCUCAACUCCACUGACAUCUGCAGAGCCAUCUCCAACUCGGGAGCUCGAUUCUGAGAUGGCAUGGAGUUUCGGGUCUUCAAAUCAUUCCAAUGGUGCCCCAGCUCUAGAUCUGAGCAAAGACUCCGGCAAGCAAGUCCCGACCAUCUUGACCGUGGAAGCUGCAUCUGUUGCGAAGGUUUACCUGGAGCUGUACUUCAACUCUAUCUUACAAAAUUCGAAUCCGCGUGAAAAGCGAAUGAAUGAGCUGGAGCAGCAAAUUGAUGCAUGUCGAAUGGCUUCCGAAGGAGAUGGCAUGCGACAUAGAUGUGCUGUCCAAGAAAAUGGGUAUCUGCGCCAAUGUCGUGCGUUCAAAACGCGCAUCAGAUCGUCGAGCUAUAAACAAAAGAACCCCGUGGAUUUUUACGAUAUCAUCAAGACAUUGGGCAAAGGAAGCUUUGGUGAAGUACACCUAGUUCGAGAAAAGGAUGUCCAGCCCAGGGAAGACGAUCUGAAAGCGUUGCGCAAUACAGGCCCUUUCGCCAGGCUUCGGCGGACCGAGCUGAACAGCUCUGCAGUGGACGUAGCGAGCAAAAACAGACGAAGGUGUUUGAACGAAGAAAAAAAAGAGUGUUACGCGAUGAAAGUUAUCAAAAAGUCUGACAUGGUCCGAAAUUGCCAAGAGGGUCAUGUUCGAGCGGAGAGAGACUUUUUGGUCGUUGCCGCGAGGUCUCGCUGGGUGGUCCCGUUGAUUGCCAGUUUUCAAGAUGACAACUUCUUGUAUUUGGUCAUGGAUUUCAUGAUUGGCGGUGACUUUCUCGGUCUUUUGAUCUGCAAGAACAUACUGAGUGAAGACUGGACUCGUUUUUACAUCGCCGAAAUGGUUCUGUGUAUCGAGGAAGCUCAUCGGCUUUGCUGGAUCCACCGUGACAUCAAGCCUGACAACUUUCUUAUCUCGGCGUCUGGGCAUCUCAAAAUAUCGGAUUUUGGAUUGGCAUUUGACGGGCACUGGUCUCAUGACCAAGCCUACUAUAACAAUCAACGGUACACUCUUCUUGAGAGGCUUGGAAUCGAUGUCAAAGGCGACCAAGAAGAUCAAGUAGCGGCCGCCGAUACAAAUGAGCCUGUCAAUGUUGAGUCCUAUCAAAGGCAAGGAAGUCAUUGUCCAAAGUACGAAGUCCCCGCAACAGAUAUCCUGGAAUGGCGAAAUCAGCGAGAGCGUCGCCGGUUUGCAAAGAGCGUGGUUGGAACCAGCUCCUAUAUGGCCCCCGAAGUCAUCCGAGGCGAAAUGUACGACGGGAGAUGCGACUGGUGGAGCUUGGGAAUCAUCCUAUAUGAGUGCCUCUACGGAUAUACACCAUUUGCAUGCGAGACCAGAUACGACACUAAGAUGCGUAUUCUUCACCAUUACAAGACUUUGCACUUCCCAAGAGAAACUCCAAUGGAGAGGCUUGUGUCCCGAGACGCUGUUGACCUGAUUUUGAGACUCCUCCAAGAAAGGGAAUACAGGCUUUGUUCGCCCAAGUAUCGUGCCAACAACAUACUCAUUGGUCACUUACCAUCGCCUGAAUGGCUUUAUACAAUGGAUUCUCGUUAUCGAGAGUGCACCAACUUUUGGGUGUAUCCAAAUGAUGCAAUUGACAUCAAGCUGCACCCAUUCUUCAGAGGUACCCGCUGGGAUCGACUCCAUCUGACAGAACCACCGUAUGUUCCUCAGGUCAAAGGUUGGGAAGAUACUCGUUACUUUGCCGACGAAGCCUCUGAUCAGCCCGAGAAGCGAACGGACGAAAGCGAAUCCAACGAGAGGUGCAGAAACGAAGGUGAUGCCUCGAACCAAUCUCCAGCUACUGGUGAUGCAGCCCCCCGUUCCAUUGACAUGUUCAGAAAUGAGCAUCCUAUCCCAGGAGGAAUUCCCAUCUUUUCCGGUCCUGCUGUUGACAGUGCCGAGCCUCAUAAAUUGAUUGCACCUAGCCAAGAGGCCAAGAGAAAAAAGCGCAAAGAGCGCCCACGAGACAAGAUUUUGCGAGACUGCCGAGUAGGCAAGACAGCUCUGCAGAUUCGUAAAAACGGCGCCUUCCUGGGAAAUAUCGCGAUUGCCGGAGGCAAUGACUACCAGAAUGCUCAGCAGGAGGAGUCGAGCGGUGUUGAGUCCGAGUGA